CGCAUGUGUUUUCUGGUGGGUGUGUUCUUUCACGGUGUUCAGUGCGACGUUUCAGUAAAGUUCUAAGAUGGCGACGGUGCAUCUGAGAAUCGGGGACCUAGUUUGGGGAAAGCUCGGGCGCUAUCCUCCGUGGCCAGGCAAGGUCGUCAGUCCUCCAAAGGACCUGAAAAAGCCAAGAGGGAAGAAAUGUCAUUUUGUCAAAUUCUUUGGAACUGAAGACCAUGCCUGGAUAAAGGUGGAGCAGCUGAAGCCAUACCACCCCCACAAAGAGGAGAUGAUCAAGAUCAAUAAGGGCAAACGUUUUCAACAGGCUGUGGAUGCGGUGGAAGACUUCCUGAAGAAGAAAGAGAAACAGGGGGGUAAAGAACAGAGCUCUGAGGGGAAAGGAGACUCUAAAGGAAAGAAGACACCAACUAAACCUCUGAAGAUCCUAGAGGAAGAUGAUGAAGACCUCAGUGCCCUGAAAGACCCCUCUGAGAAGGACCUAACUGACUCUGACCCAGAGCCGUCCAGUGUUGAGCGACUAGGGGGCCUGGGAACUACUGGACCUGUCUCAGGAUUCAAAUGGGAGAGCAGUCCAGUACAGGAUGAUCCCCAUUUCCACCACUUUCUGCUCAGCCAGACUGAGAAGCCUGCCUCGUCCAUGGAGCCUAUCAGUAAACGCCUGAAGAUCGUUGAGGAGGACACAAGGUCACCGUCUAUCCAAGCUGCAGACAGCACCGCCAUCAACGGCAGUAUUACUCCCACAGACAAACGGAUAGGGUUCCUAGGGCUGGGGCUCAUGGGUAGCGGAAUAGUGUCCAACCUGUUAAAGAUGGGUCACGUCGUCACAGUGUGGAAUCGCACAGUAGAAAAGGUACCGCAAGACAACCAACAUUGUGACCUGUUCAUCCAGGAGGGGGCCAGGUUAGGGCGGACGCCAGCAGAGGUGGUCUCCCUGUGUGACAUCACCUUCUCCUGCGUCUCAGACCCCAAGGCUGCCAGGGAUUUGGUGCUGGGUCCCAGUGGAGUGCUCCAGGGCAUCAGGCCAGGGAAAUGUUACGUAGAGAUGUCUACCGUGGACCCAGAGACCAUCACAGAGCUCUCACAGGUGAUAUCGUCGCGGGGCGGGCGCUUCCUGGAGGCUCCUGUGGCUGGGAGCCAGCAGGUAUCUAACGAAGGCAUGCUGGUCAUCCUAGCGGCCGGAGACAGGACGGUCUACGAAGACUGCAGCUCCUGUUUCCAGGCCAUGGGCAAGACCUCAUUCUUCCUAGGUGAGGUGGGUAACGCAGCGAGGAUGAUGCUGAUCCUCAACAUGGUACAGGGAAGCUUCAUGGCAACCAUCGCCGAGGGGCUGACCCUAGCCCAGGCCACAGGCCAAUCACAGCAUACCUUCCUGGACAUCCUGUCUCAGGGUCAGAUGGCCAGCACCUUCGUGGACCAAAAAUGCCAGAAUAUCCUACAGGGAAACUUCAAACCAGACUACUAUUUGAAACACAUUCAGAAGGAUUUGAGGCUAGCCAUCUCCAUGGGCGACACAGCCAAUCACCCGACCCCUAUGGCUGCAGCAGCCAAUGAGGUCUACAAGAGGGCUAAAGCACUGGACCAGUCAGACAACGACAUGUCGGCUGUCUACAGAGCCUACAUUCACUAAACCUCCU